AUGGAGGAUAACAGUAGCAGAGCGAGAUACUACCAUCUUGUACCCAAAUAUAGUAAUGCCUCUUUGGCGGACUCCAGUGCUUCUAAUAGUUCCAUUCAAAGACAUGAAGGAGGUUCCGGGCACACUGGCCUCGGGAACUCUGGGAAUACCUGCUAUCUGAACUGUAUUCUACAAUGUCUCUCCAACACAACUCCAUUGGUCGAGUACUUCAUCACUGGGUCAUACGUGGAUGACUUAAUCAGAGGAAAAGGAGAACUUCCCAAUGCGUUUGCUGCUCUGGUGAUGGAUAUGUGGCUGGGGGAUUGCCUGUACAUUUAUCCUGAUGAAGUAAAGAGAGUCCUUGGUAAAAUGCACGCUGCCUUCUCUGACGGCACUCAGCAGGAUGCACACGAGUUACUAUUGUUCUUCCUAAAUAUUCUGCAUAAUGAUUUGAAAAAGACUCUGUCUCCUCAGUCUACAGGAGUGAGAAAUGCAGAAACAUCAGUUAUUGCCAAGCUCUUCCAAGGACAACUGAGCAACGUGAAGGUGUGUUUAAGUUGCUUUCACAAGUCCAGCCAAACCGAGACCUUCCUGAGCUUGUCACUGCCCAUGCCACCUGACAGCAGGUGCUCUAUUCAGGAUUGCCUCAGGCUCUUUUUCAAAGAGGAAAUCCUGAGCUCGAGCGACCAGCCCUACUGUUCGUUUUGUGGGAGAAAACGGGAUCAAUCAGAAAGUAUCCAGAUGCUAAAAGCCCCCGAUAUUAUCAUCAUCCACUUAAAGCGCUUUGAAUCUGAUGACCACGGCAACAGAAAGCUGACCAGCACUGUGAGCUUCCCACUGGAAGACCUUGAUCUCUCCCAAUAUACAACAACUCCGUCAGCUCAACACUUGAAGUAUCACCUUUAUGCCGUUGUGAAUCACACUGGUUCACUCGACAGCGGUCACUACACUGCCUAUUGCAAAAACCCAGUGACGCAGAGAUGGCACGAAUUCAAUGAUAUGAAAGUGACUGACAUUUGUGAGCAGAAGAUUCAGUCACCGGCUGCUUACAUUCUUUUCUAUAAUUGCAUAAAUUUUCAAUGGGCUCAAUAA